CUGCUUGCUGCUCUGAUCUUCUUCCCUCAUUCCAUUCUCAAAAGGCAAAGCGAAUUCCGGAAAUUCGGCAUGGAUUACAAAGAAGAAGGUUUGCCACUAAUCGAUCCCUCCAAAACCGAACUCCGCCAUGAAACAGCCGUUGCCUCAGCCAUGUCCAACAAAGGAGCGCACGCUGCUCUUGGCUACAUGGUCAGUGCAGGUCUACUAAUUCUUUAUUCACAAGCAGCCCUUUCUUCUUACAGCUUUCCAUAUGCAAAUGUGAUCACACUUUUUCAGAUGCUAUGUUCAUGUGCAUUUCUCUAUGCCAUGAAACGCUGGAAGAUCAUCUCUUUCACAGAGGGGGAGCCACAGAGCUUUACUGGUAACCCAGUAACCUUAGUACCAUUGAAUACACUGUUUCAUACCCUCCCUCUGGCAGUUUCAUAUUUGCUAUACAUGUUAAUCACCAUGGAAUCUGUCCGUGGCAUAAAUGUUCCUAUGUACACCACCCUAAGGCGGACAACUGUGGCUUUUACCAUGAUUAUGGAGUAUCUUUUGACAGGGAGGAAACACUCAUCAUAUGUUGUUGGCAGUGUGGGGAUAAUUAUACUUGGUGCAUUUGUUGCUGGAGCUCGUGACUUGUCAUUUGAUGCCUAUAGCUAUUCCAUUGUAUUCAUAGCAAACAUCUGCACAGCAGUAUAUCUUGCUUCCAUUUCUCGUAUUGGUAAGUCCAGUGGCCUCAAUAGCUUUGGCCUUAUGUGGUGCAAUGGAAUAAUAUGUGCACCAAUCUUGUUGUUUUGGACAUCAUUCAGUGGGGACCUUGAAGCGAUGAUGAGCUUCCCUUAUCUAUAUUCGAAAGGAUUCCAGGUGGUGAUGUUUCUUUCUUGUAUCAUGGCUUUCCUGAUAAAUUAUUUUGUAUUCUUGAAUACAACACUCAAUUCAGCUCUGACGCAGACAAUAUGUGGCAAUUUGAAGGAUCUUUUAACUAUUGGACUGGGAUGGCUACUGUUUGGCGGGCUUCCAUUUGAUUUGAUGAAUGUUGUUGGCCAAUCUCUUGGGUUUUUGGGGUCAGGUUUGUAUGCGUACUGUAAAAUCAGAGGGAAAUAAACCCAUGGCCGCUGCUUGAGAGCCUCAUACUGGAGUUCUCAACACAAAGGUCAAAGAGGCAAGCAGUUAGGUGUAUGAGAGGAACAGGGGCUCUUCAGUGUCUUCAACACAGGAAAUUUGUGGAUUCUAGUGAACAUCAGUUUCUUCUUCUAGCUGAUCUUAAACUAAUUAAUAUUUAACUGCACAAAAAAAAUUUUGGAGUUGAUAAAUUUUGAUUUCACUAAACUUCAGAAUCUUGUUUCGCUCUUUAUAGACAUUGUCAUAUUUUUUCGGCCGAUCUUUUCAUAGUUCUCAAUCCAGCAUACAACUUUCAUCAAUCAGUUGUUUGCUGUGACUGCUACAUAUUCUCGGUAAUUUUGGCUGGCUAUGGAAACUACCUCAAAUAGCACUUAUAUUCCUGGGUUCAACAGCUAAGUUGCUCCACAUUGACUUGAAGGUCACAGGUUCAAGUCAUGUCAACAGCUUCUUUGCACAACAAGAAUAAGGUGCAUACAUCUGACCCUUCCCAAACCCCACAAUGCGAGAGCCUCGUGCAUUGGGCUACCCUUCAGCUUAUAUCUCAACACGGCUGUCCGGUGUGGCCACGAACCAUAUAUAAACAUGGCAAUUGCGAUUGAUUUUGAUUCUUCUGCUACACAUGUCUAAUCUGAUAAAUUACAGUAGAACCAAUAAUGUUUCGAAUAAAUAAGAAUACAGGCAUAUAUAUAGAUAGCAGAAGAGGUGUUUGCGUGUUUAUAA